CAUGCAUAAUCUAGCAGACGACAAGUGGAUUCUGAAAGCAUGAUCAUUUGGUCAACGACGAGAGUGAAACAAGGAGAUUCACGUGCUUAAUGUUUUCUGUGGAUAAUCGCUGUAAGAUUUGUUGCAAUUGAUGAUCAGAAAAUAUUUUUAAAAUGAGUGAAAAAGAAAGUGAGAAGAAUGGAAAUGCCCAAGAGGUUCAACAGAAAUUAUUUCAAAGUGCAAUGAAAGUCACAAAGUACUCUAAUGAAUUACCAAGUAGUGGUUCAGACUGGGAUUACUACCAAAGUUAUCCAGUGUAUGCCAGCGCAAUGAAAGAAUUUGGUGGUCGCAUUACUAACUUGAUGACCAAAAUUUACGGACACUAUGGACUAACAGGAAAGGUGGGAAAAUUGGAUUUGGAAGAGCAGAUGGAGCUGGUGUCGGACAACAAUGACAUCUUGAUGGAGCGAAUAAAUCUUUCUCUAGAUGAAGCUGCUGGGUUAAAAAAACAAGCAGAAACUGUAGUUGUUGAGAUGAUGGCCAAAACUACAAAUAUUAAUGGCAGUUGGAAUCGGCAUUCUGUGAGUUCACCAGCGACCUCUUACAAACUUCUCUCUGCUAAAAACAUUCUGAGACCACAGUUGAAAUUCAAAGAGAAAAUCAAGAAUUCACCUGGACCGUUUAUCCCUAAAAUCAAAGAUAAGCCUCAUUCGUUGAAACCGCUGGCGAUACUAUUAGAAUUGAAUGACUUUGGCGAUGAAGAGUUUAGCCAUCCGUACGAAUUUGAAUUGGAACGUUUUACACCGGAUCCAAAGUUCUUCACCGUACUUGAUGAAGUGCCUCAUUUCCCAAGUGUUCAAGAAAUCCCUUUGGUAAUGAUAGAUACUGAAGAAGGUUUAAAAAGUCUAUUGAAAGUUUUGCUUGAGGAAACUGUGAUUGCUGUAGAUCUUGAGGCCCAUUCAUAUCGAUCCUUUCAAGGGCUAACAUGCUUAAUGCAAAUUUCAACAAGCAGUUCUGACUACAUUAUAGACACUUUAGAGCUAUGGGAUCAACUACAGCCUUUGAAUGAAGUUUUCUGCAACCCAAAGAUUGUUAAGAUUUUUCAUGGAGCUGAUAUGGAUAUUCAGUGGCUUCAGCGGGAUUUCGGUAUCUACGUCGUUAAUCUUUUCGACACUUACCACGCUGCCAAACUAUUGGGCUUUGCACAGCUGUCCUUGUCCUUCCUCCUUCGUCAUUAUUGCCAAGUUAUUGCUGACAAACAAUACCAGCUAGCCGAUUGGCGAAUUCGUCCCUUGCCUGAGCAAAUGGUCAAUUAUGCUCGAGAAGAUACCCACUACCUAGGAUACAUUUACGAAAAGAUGAAAAAGGAUUUGAAGAUGAAGGGAACAGGAGAUAAUUUGCUGACAGCAGUUUGGCAAAACAGCCGACUGGUUUGUCUCAAACGUUACAGAAUUCCCCCUAUCACUGCCGAAAGUCACUUGGAAUUGUAUAGGCUCAGCAAGAAGAUUUUCAACGAACGUCAGCUCUUUGCAUUAAAAGAACUGUUUGCUUGGCGCGAUCGAAUAGCUCGAGAAGAAGACGAGAGCACUGGUUUUGUUCUACCCAAACACAUGUUGUUACAAAUCGCCGAUGUUCUACCUAAGGAGAUGCAAGGUAUCCUUGCCUGUUGCUCGCCCAUCCCUUCGCUCGUUCGUCAGCAUUUACUUCAUCUCCAUGGAAUCAUAUUAAAAGCAAGAGAGAUGCCUCUCGCCACUCUACAACAUCACGGCCAGCCAUUAGCCAUCCCGAAAAUGAUGCCGACUCCAUUGGAUCAAGACACCGAAGACCCCCUUUAUUGUAUGCACGACUUGACACAUUCUCAGGACAUCCGAGACGACCUACCCACUCUGCUGAAUCCGCAAACGAUCGAAUCAAUGGCGUCAAAAUCCGAGGAGUUUGGAGUCCGCAUCACUGUAAAAGAGUUCCCACAAGCUCUAAUCUUCGCUGAAUCGGCCCAGCCUGGCAUCGUGACAAAUGUAUCAACUAAUUUUGUUUCUCCAUACACAAGAUAUAUUCGUGUCAGAGCUCUAAAGUCGGCUGAAGAAGCCGCAGAAGCACAACGUGUCGAAAAGUUGCGCCAACAUUUCAUGGAAGAAUUGGCGCAUUCAACACCCGAUGCCCAGCGUGAAGCGGAAGCGAUGGAAGAAGAGGCGGAAGCAGUACCAGUAGUUCCUGCGAAGAAAAAGAAGUUGGCGUUGAAAGCGCAGGGACUUAACAAGAAGAAGAAGAAAGUUGGAAGUUCUAAACGAGUAACGGCUACUCCUGAAACAUCUGUAAUUCCAUCAAACUCCAGCUCCCCAUCGAAAAAGUCGGCGGAUGCAGUAUUGCCGUCAGCAUCCAAGAGCCCUAAUCCAGCAACAUCCAAGAGCCCCAAUCCAGCAACAUCCAAGAGCCCCAAUCCAGGAAUGAAGAAAAAAUCAUUAAAACGACCAGCGAGUAAAGAAGCAGGAAAUGACAGCGGGGCUAAUUUCGAACCAUUUGAUUAUUCCCAGGUUGAUUAUCACGCUUUUAAAAGGAGCGCACUGCGUGAAGAUGGUGAUGGACGCGGUCGGGGUCGAGGAAGAGGCCGUGGUGGCAAAAACCGAAGAGGUGGUCCCGGACAUAACAAUAACAGAAUUCACAGAAAGGGUGGUCAAAAGAGUCUUACGUAUUCAUCGAAAUAAGUUAAUCUACACUUUUGAAAAAUUAAUUUUUGAACGUCGUAUUCUUGUACUGUUGUGGAUGAAUCCGUGAACCUGUUUCUCCUCUCUUAAAAAUUGUUCGAUUUUCAAUCGUUUUGAAGUAAACAAGACACCGUUUGAAAAGAA